AUGGAGCUGGAGCCCGAGCUCCUGCUGCAGGAGGCCCGCGAGAACGUGGAGGCGGCGCAGAGCUACCGGCGGGAGCUGGGCCAGAGGCUGCAGGGGCUGCGGGCGGCGCGGAGGCAGAUCAAAGAGAGUGCAUCACAGACCAGAGAUGUCCUCAAACAACAUUUUAAUGAUUUAAAGGGAACACUUGGGAAGCUCCUGGAUGAGCGACUGGUGACCCUUUUGCAAGAAGUGGAUACUAUUGAGCAAGAGACCAUUAAGCCACUAGAUGAUUGCCAGAAGCUCAUCGAGCACGGAGUUAACACUGCAGAGGACUUGGUCCAAGAAGGAGAAAUUGCCAUUCUUGGUGGUGUAGGAGAACAGAAUGAAAAACUGUGGAGCUUUACCAAAAAGGCCUCCCACAUUCAGUUGGACAGCUUACCAGAAGUGCCUUUACUGGUUGAUGUGCCUUGUUUAUCUGCUCAGUUGGAUGACUCAAUUCUUAACAUAGUGAAAGACCACAUUUUUAAGCAUGGAACUGUAGCAUCUCGCCCACCAGUCCAGAUAGAGGAACUAAUAGAGAAGCCUGGAGGCAUCAUUGUGCGAUGGUGUAAGGUGGAUGAUGACUUUACAGCCCAAGAUUACAGACUCCAGUUCCGUAAAUGUACUUCAAAUCAUUUUGAGGAUGUAUAUGUGGGCUCUGAAACGGAAUUCAUAGUAUUACAUAUAGACCCCAAUGUUGAUUAUCAGUUCCGAGUCUGCGCCCGAGGAGAUGGCCGACAGGAGUGGAGUCCUUGGAGCGUCCCCCAGAUAGGUCAUUCCACAUUGGUGCCGCAUGAAUGGACAGCUGGCUUUGAGGGGUACAGUCUGAGCAGUCGAAGAAACAUAGCACUCCGGAAUGAUUCAGAAUCCUCAGGUGUUCUCUACUCCAGCGCUCCAACCUAUUUCUGUGGGCAGACAUUAACGUUCAGAGUUGAAACUGUGGGCCAACCAGAUCGAAGAGACAGUAUAGGAGUGUGUGCAGAAAGGCAGAAUGGGUAUGACUCUCUGCAGCGGGACCAAGCAGUGUGCAUUAGUACAAACGGUGCAGUUUUUGUAAAUGGAAAAGAAAUGACUAAUCAGUUGCCCGCCGUUACUUCUGGGUCCACUGUCACAUUUGACAUUGAAGCUGUGACUCUGGGAUCCACCAAUAAUAACGAAGGCGGAAACUUCAAGCUUCGAGUAACUAUUAGCUCUAAUAACAGAGAAGUGGUUUUUGAUUGGGUACUUGAUCAGUCUUGUGGUUCUCUUUACUUUGGAUGCUCAUUCUUCUAUCCUGGAUGGAAAGUGUUGGUGUUCUAG